AUGCCGAAAACGCAAAACCGUGUAAUUUGUAGCAGCUAUCUCGUGGACGGCAACUCUGUCUUGAUGAAUGCGCUCGAAUUACUGCAUCUGAUGUGUCCUCAGGGGACAAAGGACCUCAUCCCGCUUGCUGAAGGAACGUUCGCGUCGGAGGGAGGAGCUGAUGCUUUUCUGGACCUGAUUCAAGACAAGACGCGUGGCGCUACCAUUGGAAAGAAGGCACUCUUUGGCCAUUCUCCUGGAGGGCUCUUCGUUUUACAUGCCCGUUUUACGACACCCAAUAGUUUCGACUGCUUUUUGGCCAGCAGUCCAAGCUUUUGGUGGAAAAACCAUUUCAUCUUGAAGGAGGAGGUCGGGUUCCGUGAAACUGAACGCUAUGUCGUUACUGUUGACCGUGGAAAGGCAGGAACAGGAUCCCUGGAGAAAGCGAGGUGA